ACCAGUCAUCAUGAACGCUAAGGUCCUCCUCCUCGUGUGUCUUGCAGCCGUUGUUGCUGCGGACAGUUUUGAAUCUGCUGAAUCAGGUGAAUACAACUUCAACUGGGCUGUCAAACACGACGACUCCGGCAAUGACUUCGGCCACCAGGAAGCCCGCAAUGGAGACAACACCCAGGGGUCCUACUACGUGCAGCUCCCCGACGGCCGCCUGCAGACUGUCAGGUACGUCGUGGAUGGCGACAAUGGAUUCGUGGCCGAAUUGAACUAUGAGGGUGAGGCUCGUUACCCCGACUCCAAUGAAUCAAAGUAAAGGAAAUAUGUCCGCCUCUAACUGGAGUGAAGCGAUAAGGAACACACCCGAUUUAACAGCGUGUGAAAUGAAAAAGAACUGAAUGCUGCAAAAAGUGCCUUAUUUACUGUUGCUUUUAAAUAAAUUAUUUACUUACGAACAA